CCCCAAAAAGCCUCCUGGCUUGACGUUUGGCGAAUCCACAUGGUCUUAGAAGAGGCGAGCUUCCGAGGCAGAGCUCGGAGGAAGGAUGGCAGGAGCCCCGAGAGCCCGGGCUUGAACUCACCCCUGACUCACUUCGGGAAAAGGAGGAGAGGCAGAGGCAGGAAGGGGAGAGCCAGGCAGGAAGUCGGGAGAGAGAGAGAGAGAGAGAGAGAUCCAUCUAGUGCCUAUCUGUCUCUAUAAACCAGAAGAGCAUUGUUGUCAAAGCCCAAGAAAUAACGCGCUUCCGAUGUGAGGCUAGUUGAGUCACCUCGGAGCAGGAAGCCGGCACUUUUCUCCCGCUUUAAUUAUACAGGAGGCGAAGAUCGCCCUUGAUUUAAACUACAGGAAGCAGAGCGAGAGAGAGAAUAGAAGGAAGGGAGGGAGGGAGGGAAAGAAGCCUUUCAAAAAGCAGCAGCAUCUCCAUGAAUUAGUUCUAAGGGUUGGGGAUAGGCUGGCAUUGGGUUGUCUUUAAAGGGGAAGCACAAGGGAAGGGCUCGCCAAGGAGCCAAAGGAGAAGAGGGGGAGCCAAGGCUGAGCCUGGCCUUGGAAGGUCCGGGAAGAAGGGAAGGGAGUCGAGGCGGGGCCCGGGAAGGGGGGCGCCUCCUCGGACCAUGUACCAGGACUUUCCCGGCAGCUUCGACACCUCCUCCCGGGGCAGCAGCGGGUCGCCAGGCCAUCCGGACACCUAUCCCGGCCUCGCCACGCAACAGAAAUUCCGGGUAGAUAUGCCAGGAUCGAGCAGCACUUUUAUACCUACUUUGAACGCCAUCACUACCAGCCAAGAUUUACAGUGGAUGGUUCAGCCUACUGUGAUCACCUCCAUGCCAAGUGCCUACUCUCGUUCACAUCCCUACAGCCAUGCGCUGCCCAAUCUGUCUUCAGUUACUGGACACACAGCUCUUCAGAGACCUGGCGUCAUUAAAACCAUUGGAACAACAGUGGGCAGGAGGAGAAGAGAUGAGCAGGUAGCUAUACUGUUGUCUCCUGAAGAAGAAGAGAAGAGGAGAAUUAGGAGAGAGAGGAACAAACUAGCAGCUGCGAAAUGCCGGAACCGACGCCGAGAGCUGACGGAGAAACUCCAAGCUGAAACUGAGGAGCUGGAGGAAGAGAAGUCUAUUUUACAGAAAGAAAUUGCUGAACUGGAGAAAGAGAAGGAGAAGCUGAAAUUCAUGCUAAUGGCUCACACCCCCAUGUGCAAGAUCAGCCCAGAGGAAUGCCGAACUCCACCCCCUCACAACCUCCAGACCAUUCGAACUGGAAUGAGUGGUGCCAUUGUGGUGAAGCAGGAACCUGUGGAAGAAGAGAUCCCCUCUUCCUCUUCUGACCUUGAAAAGGGUCAGCGGUCUGUCAUCAAACCCAUCAGCAUUGUAGGAGGAUUUUAUGGAGAAGAGCCUCUCAACACUCCAAUUGUGGUGACCUCUACACCAGCCAUCACCCCUGGAACAUCCAACUUGGUUUUCACCUACCCAACUGUGCUGGACCAGGAGUCGCCCCUCUCCCCUUCGGAGUCAUGCUCCAAAGCUCACCGGAGGAGCAGCAGCAGUGGAGACCAGUCCUCGGAUUCCUUGAACUCUCCGACCCUGCUGGCACUGUAACAUCUUUGCCGCUGCCCCACCUAAAUAGUUACUCUAGGGGGAAACCCCAGUUCUGCAAUCAAAGGCCAGCACAAUGGCAUUGAAGCACAAGGACAGCAAGGGAAAGAUGUGGAAAUGAUGUCGCUCCAGGUACUUCUGGUGAUAGGAAGUGCCAAACAAAAGGAAGCCAUAUCAAGGUGGGGUGGGGGAGCAGAAGAUGCAGUGCUGGGACUCAAGUGUUUAGAACUGUUUAGUUGCGGAGAAAUCCCUCCUCCACACUUUAGUGCAAAUGGAUGUGAGCUUCACUUAAUUGCUAGCCAUUCUCUUGUUUUCUGAGAAAUGGACUGGUUUAACCAGGUUCCCUUCUGUGCUCAGUACUACAUUCCAGUUAGUCAAUCUCAUGCGGGCCUUAACCUGUUCUGUUGAGUACCAUGACAUUUCGAAAACUCUAAAGGCUUGUGGCUAUUGUUGUUAAACUGCUGCUGAUGUUGGGAUUCCUCCAAUAGGGAAUUAUUGCUCUUUCAGGAUGAUAUUGGAGAGAUGGUGGCAGAGCUGAGAGGAGUAAAUAACAGGUCCAAAUGGUUGCUUUUAAAAAUACAUUCCCAGCACCUUUAUUGAGAUUGUGAUGAUGUGGAAGCAAACAAACCCAAAGGUGCUGUGUAUUUUGUUGGCAAAAGAAGGAGAUGGAGUGUGGAGAUUAGCGUAUUAUUUAUCAGUGCGCUACAAAGCCCUUAGAGUAGGCCAGGAGUAGAGCCAAGGGAGCUGGGGACAUGCCAGCAUGACUCUGCCUUUGUCUCUGGCACAGUUUCUCCUGUAAUUAGUGUUUGUCAAGACUUUUGCUGGACCCUAUGUUUCCUUUCCCGCUGGCUUCCAGCCACCUUGGGUGUGAUACAUCCUCCUCAUACGCAAGCCUGACUCAGAUGCUGGUGCCAUUUCUUCUCAAACAAAGCCAUUGGGUCCUAGAUCUGUGGACCGUAGCACUGUCGUAGUACUGCCAUUCUUUUUUUGUGACUGAUCCAGGAAAGGGGUUUGCUGGGGUGAAAGCACAGGAAGCUAGCUGGGAGCUCUCCUGGAGAAUUUCCCUACCCUACUUUUUGAUGUGUUUCACUCAUCAGUUCCCUGCCAAAGUUGUGUGUGUGAGAGAGAUAGAAGGCUAAUAGUUUCUUUGCCUCUUCUAUAGCCCUGGAAAAAUAUUAAGAAAAAUGCAUCCAGUCUUGAUCUUCUGCUGCACUUAGUUUUACAUCCACAUGGGUUUGGCUCCAUUCACUACUGAAAGUGUGUGUCACUGUGUAUCUCGUCUGGUGCCAAAGUGAAAUCCUGUAGAGGACAUUUGUACUCAAUGUGCAGCUGUUUGUUUUGGCAGAGAGGCAUACAAAUGAAUAUGGCUUACCAGGUCUUCAUUUGGUAGAUUGUAGCUUUGUUUAAAACUGUUCUUGAAGAAUAUCUGAUUUAUCCCAAGCCAACUAAGAUUCCAAUGCAAGUGUAUUUGUGUUUUCCAGAUUGUAUGUACUAUCAUGUUUGCUUCAUCUGCCUGACCUCUGGGUGUGUUUGGCCAAAUGAUGCAGGGAAUUCAUUAUGUCAUUCUUGGAGUUAGCUUUCUGAACUGGGGCAGGGUCUUCAAGAGAUGUCUCAACCAGGGAGCAUUGCUGACUCUCUUGAAGCUUCUCUUUAACAACGAGGAACUCAGUCCUGGGCAUUUGCUGAGUAUUUUCAAUGAAUCAUUUUCCAUUGAUUUCUUGAUUCCUUUUUGAUGCAUCUGGAUUACAGCCAUAGUUUCACGCCAGCUGCUUAUACAUUCAGGUGUGAAGAGAAUAUAAUUCUAGGCUUUCUGAGUGAUCAGAUCUUCUGGCUAGUCGUUUUUAAAAGAUAUAAUAAUUUAAUGAUUAUUUGUUGCAGUGAAAAAAGCCAUGUUAUUUGAUCUGAAUGCUGCAGAUUUUGAGUCUGCUUGGUAAAUUUUUAUUAUUUAUUGUUUCCUAUGCUGGCCAUAGUGAGGAGAAAAAAGCAAUGCAGAGCACUGAACCCUACCUCUGGCAGUUGACUUUAAGGAACCGCUGGGCCUCUAAAAAGUUCACUAGGCAUUGUCUACAAAUUUUCAAGCUUCAUCUUGCAGCAAUAAGAGCCAGCAAUUUACUUGAUAGGAAAAAGAGAGAGAGCAAAUAGAAACUGCGAUUUUUCGGAUACCAAACUCUGUACUUCAGUAAUGCAAGAUUUUAAUCCAGAAAAACAGAAAUCAGGCUGUAACUCUUGCUCCUUCACUCCUAAUUUUAAAUGCAAAUGCCCUCAAGUAAAGUGUUCUCUUCAAAAUACCAGACUCUGGGCCUUUUCCUUUUCUAUAUUGCUCACCUUGUAUGCUGUUGUUGGGCUUCUAAACACCAGUCAUUUAGUAUGUCAUGGAGACCUCUUCUCACAGUAGGACGGGCAGAAACGUGUACCUUUUUACAGUAGCUGUGAAAAUAUUAUAGUAGUUGGAAAAUACCACAGUUUGACUAGUCUCCUGUGUGAAGUAUUUCUCACCUGUAUAGGUUAAAAAAUAUCUUCUUAAAUUCACACAUUCUCUCAGCCCAUAUUGAUUGUACAAUGGCUCAGUAGAAAUGUUUAGGGCAGCUCAGGUACCCUCUCUGCUGUGCUUGUAAGUGAAAAAAAAACAAUUGGCAAAAGUGGAAUGCAUUUCAGUCAACCCUCUACUUGUGGAUUAUGUAUCCACAGAUUCAAUCAACCACAUCUUGGAUUU